GCGGAGCCUGUAGCUGAGCCGCAGCAGCAGGAGAACGGUGAGGAGAGCGGCUUGCGAUGCUGCUGGUCAUUGGCAUGUGUGAUAUGUGUCAUGUGUGAUGCUGUGCUCUCCACGUCACGUUCUAUGGCUGCCUGCCUUCCACCACAGUGUGUGCGGGAUACUCCCUACUGCUGCCCGGAUCCCCACCCCCGGGGUCUCCCCAAUUAUUGUAGCCCCCACAUCACUUCCUGUGCCUAGUGGUUAUUAAAGGGUGUUCUAGGGAGUUUAAAAAAAAUGUAGCUGGGGCUGGAAGCAGACCCUGUUCUCAAGCUAGGCCUAUCUAGACUAGGAAUUUGUGGACCGUCCGAAAAAAUAGGCCACUUUUUUCCCGUGUCCAUGAAAAGAAAUAGACGGUUCUGUGAUAUUUUUUUAGGCUGAUAGUACUUGAUUAGACUAAUUUGGUGGUAAUUCUCAUCAUUUUCCAGCUCACCGUUUAUCGGUAUAUUGAGCUAUAGAUAUGUAUCAUACUCAUAAUUUAUUAUGGUUUUCCUAUUUGUCAUCCAAAGUCGCUUCCUUCAAAACUUCGGAAUAAUACUGUACAGAAAUUCGUCUCCGUACAGUAUUAGAAUGUAUGGGCUCCGAGGAGCCGAAGUUAGUUAUUCACAAAGUCACACUUUACUUCGUAGAAUAAAUUCGGUAGUUGGCUUUAAAAGUGGAAAACCCCUUUAAAACUUGAAACCGAACUCCGCUUCGCCUCCCAGGUACUAGUCGGAACGGAAGCCAAGUUUGGUUUCAAGUUUUAAAGGGGUUUUCCAUUUUCAAAAUCAACUAGCAAAGUUAUUCGACGAAGCCCUGCGCCACUGUGUCAUGGCUGGUCACCAGGCUUCCUCUUAUAGUGGGCUCCCCAGUGUAUUGGUCCAGAAGAUGCUGUGUACUUAUUGUGGUUUCCCCAAUCAUAGGGCGAGGUCUGGCUGUUGGGAGCUCAUCAGUAUUUUGCACCCUCCUUUGUUUUUAUCGGGCACCGUAAACACUUUCUAGAUGUGGUUUCCAACCUGGAGCCUUCACAUUGCGCCUAUUGUCUCCGACUACUCAGCACCGAUGACCUAGUCCUAGAGCAGUUCUAUGCCCUCACCUCAGUAGGCUUGCAGUCUCUGUAGGGCCAGGCUGUGUACUCUGAAGCUCACGUGAACAUUGGGUUGGCAGCUAAAACUCCCAGGUCAGACUGGUGGGGAAGCACGUUGGCUAAUAUACUGUUUUGUGACUUCUGCAGUUGCUGGUCCAUUAUAACAUUACAAGUAGUAGAUCCUGUGGAUGUGUAACCUACAUGAGGACGCUGGAGAAUUGCGCGUGGUCACAACAGUCACAAGGAAGAAAUGCUAAGUCUCUGAAUAUGGACAAGGAACGGAGUUACGUGACUGAGCGAAUACUGAACCUCACCUUGGAGAUCAUCUACCUGCUGACUGGAGAGGAUUACGCUCCUGUAAGAAAGACUUGUAAUGAUGUCAAGGACAGCCUUCAGCCCUGUAUUCCAGGGAAGUUAAGCAGAACCAAGAGCACCAUCACUGAGCUUCCUAACCCCUCUCUGAUAAGGGAUGAGUUAAAGAAUGAUAAGAAGAUCCUAGACCUCACCAACAAGAUCAUUGAGCUGCUGACUGGAGAGGAUGAAUAUGGAAAAGGUGAACCGAUGACCAGUACUGAAGAAGACAACAUACAUGUAUGGGCUACACUGAAGUGCAAGGAGGAAGAAAUCCCUAUGGCUAUAUGUGCAGAUCAAUCCAAUCAAACAGACUCGCGAGACAAGAAUAUCUCUCAGGGAGAUGAAGCUCAAUGUAAAGAGGAGGAAAUCCCUACAGAUAUAAGUUCAGGCAAAUCGAAUAUCAGUCAUAUGCACCAAAGCAGUCAAGGACCAGUAGAUGUGACACAAAACAUGGUGGAUCUCCUAGUAGGACGCAGAGAGGAUUCCUCUGAGACAAAGAAUGCCCGCUUAAAUAUCGUGGUAAUUGAUGCUGGUGAAGACAAACUACGGUUUAAGGAAGAGGAGGAGGAAAUUCCAAUAGGUCCUAGAUCAGAUUGUUCUGAGAACAAAUUUCAAAAAGCUCCUAGGCCUCUUAAUUCAAAGGAGUGCACAGAGACGGAAGAUGAGGAGAGUGAUGACACGGACACGGAGACGGAGGAAGAUGAGGACGACAGUGUUAGUGGUCUGAAGAUUAUUGUUAAGUCAGAAGAAGUGGUGACCCAUGUGAAAAUUAAAGAAGAGGUUGCUUCAGCCAUCAUCCCAGAUGGUACGAAAGCCUGCCUCGAACAUCAGACAAGCAAACAAGACACGGCAGCGUCCACAGCAGACAAGAAAAUCUUCCCCUUCAACCGCAAAUUGGUGACUGCAGAAAAGCCGUUUUUUUGCGCCGACUGUGGGGGUUUCUUCAAGCACAAGUCCAGUCUGGUCCUGCACCGUAGAAUCCACUCUGGUGAAAAACCAUUUACAUGUUCACAUUGUGGGAAAGAAUUUAUACAGAAGGCGAAUUAUAUUCGACACCAGAGACUUCACACAGGCGAGAAGCCAUAUAAAUGUACUGAGUGCGGGAAGCUGUACGCACAGAAACAAAGCCUCAUCUUGCAUCAAAAGUUUCAUGCUGAAAAUGAACCUUUCUCAUGCCCUGAAUGUGGGGAAAACUUUAUUCGUCAAUCUCAUCUGGUCAAUCAUAGGAAAACACACAAAGGUUUGAAGCGUUAUUCGUGCCCAGACUGCGGAGAUUUCUUCAUGUUGAGGUCCAGCCUGGUCAUUCAUCAGAGGGUUCACAGUGCUGAAAAGCCGCUUACUAGCUCAGUUGAUUAAAAGAUUAGAAUAUCUCCGGACAUGUGAAAAACAUACUGUUUGCUGCACUAUAUACUGUAUAUUAAAGGAGCUUGUCUUGUAAGAUGAGCCAUUCCCAUUAAACAGAGCACAAAAGAAGUGAUUGGGGGCCUUAUAGACUUAAUACCCUUCGUGGCAAGACUCAAGUAUUUUCUUUUUGAUACGUUGAGUCGUGAUAUGGGGACAUAUGAGAUCUUAUAGAGCUGCAGUCUGGAUGUGGGGUCCCCUGAUGGCUUGGCCCCAUCUGACACUUCAAUUGUGCUCCUCAGUUUGUAAAUUUUGCCUGGCUUUUGGGAGCCAACUGGUUCAUCAUCUUGGGAAAUCAUGGUUGCUGGGGUUUUCCAACCAGUAACCCACAUGCAUAGGAAAGUUUGCCAUCCAGACAAUGCUAAAACGAAGGAGGUCUGGUACUCUCCCAAAUUGCGUCUCACGAGAAAUACCAGCCAAGGACUCCUGGGACCCCCACCGAUCAGCUGUUUGAAAGGGCUGCAGCCUGUUCACAGUACAUCAAGCACAUCGCCAUAUAUUGUAUAGCAGCUGUACUUGGUAUUGCAGUCCUGGCUCAUCCACUUGAAUGGGACUGAGCUGCACAUAGGACAUGUGACCAAUGAACAUAAUGUUUCUGGCCUAGGAAGAAUUUGUGCCGCUCACUGGAGUGCCACAUCCUCUUCAAACAGCAGAUCAGUGGGGGUGCCAGAAGUUAGACCUCCACUAAUCAGAUAUUAAUGACCUAUCCUGAGGUAAAAAUUACAUCAGUGUUCAUGUGAAUCAAUAGCUACGAUUGAUAUAAUUAUUUAUUGUAUUCCAGUUGAAGAGCAGGACAAUGGGGCUUGUUAAAGGGCAUCUGUCAGCAGUUUUGUACCUAUGAAACUGGCUGACCUGUUACAUGUGCACUUGGCAGCUGAAGGCAUCUGUGUUGGUCCCACGUUGAUAUGUGCCCACAUUACUGAGAA